CACAAAAAUACCCUUCGAAAAGCCAAAAAGCCAACAUAUAUUUUUGGCACGCCCAGUGGGACUUAAUUAAAAAUGGCUAGAAGAAGACGACAAGGAGAAAAUGAACGCUUCGAAGAAGGCGUGGAAGGAGAGGUAGAAAUACCAAAUCCAGAGGAUAAUGUGGUAACACGUCCUGUGGAAACUCCUAUAUUGUCAGAACCCAUGGUCGAGCAGACCAGUACUUCUGGACAAGAACCAUAUGUUCGUAUUAUUGGACAAAACCAAGGAAUUGGACCAUCCACUAUGCCAACAAAUCCAUGGGAUGGUUUAGUGAAUGCCAUGGGACAACAACUAAUGAACACAAUGGAAAGGUGGGCAACAUCCUUUUUGGAUCGAAUGAAUAACCACCAACCAACAAACACAAGACAAACAGAGGAAGUUGUAAAUGUCCCCCAACAAAGAUUGGCUAGAGAAAAACAGCCUAUGCAAGUUAAUGGACAUACUAAUGGUCAAACUAGUACCCAAAACUUUGAAAGACCAUCACCUCAGUCUUGGUAUGAACCUAUUUCAAGGCCUAUAGCAGGCCAAAAUGCCUCAGUACUUAAUAAUGAAGCCACACAAGUUGGUGGAUCUGGCCAAGCACAAGAAACUGGCAUAAGAGUGGUUACAAAUCCCAUGUUCGAAGCCAUACCUGGCACGAUGGGGUACACUAAUCCCUUAUUCGAAUUUACACCCGGGGGGUUGGAGGGUUUUCCUACAAAUGGUAGGGACACAAUACCUGUUCCAGCACCUUUUGCAGGUCCUUUUGCAGGUCAUGCUCAAAGGGGUUACCCAUACCCUCAACAGCAACUUGCACCGCAAGGACAACCAGCCCCAAAUUUACCACCUUAUGGACCAAGAGGACCACAAGCACAAGUUUAUCCACCAAAUCCUGUGUUUGCUCCUCCAGUAGUGGUUCAGCAUGCACAAAAUAUGGUCCCUAGAGACCAGAUUGUUGAUAUUGUUAGGGAGAUAUGUGGACCAAUGGCUGGGGGGGUCCAGACUCCUAUAUACAGAAAACCAUACCCGGAAUGGGUAGAUAGGGUACAUGAAUACCCAAGGGGAUUCAGGAUACCAGAUUUUACCCUUUUUUAUGGGACUGGAAAUCAAUCAACAAUAGAACAUAUUGCCAGGUUUGCUGCUCAAUGCAGUGAAUUUACUAACCAUGACUAUAUGAAACUGAGAUUAUUUCCGAAUUCCCUAACAGGGGGAGCAUUUGUAUGGUACAUCAACCUUACACCUGGCUCCAUUCAAAAUUGGCAACAAAUGGAAGAGGCAUUUCAUGCCCAAUUCUUCCAAUCAGAGCCAGAAGUAUCUGUGGCAGAUUUGGCUAGAUUGAGUCAAAGGAUCCAAGAACAGAUUCGAAAAGAAAGUUUGAAGUUCUCAGCUAAAACAGAAAAAGCCAUGGGAAUUGACAGAGAUCCCUUUCCAGAAGUUGGAAAGGCAGCAGCCAAUGUCAUUACAUCAGACUUCCAGAACUUGUCAUUGACAGAAUUGGAGGAAGUCAAUGUGAAGAUGCAUGUUGCUAAUCAAACCAACAUCAAGAAGAAUACUAGAAGCCCACCAGUUAUUGAACAAGGUUCCUCACACCAGAUGGAAUGUUCUGAUGAAGAGUCACUGGAUGAUGAUUCUUUAGAAGCAGCGGUGAUGCAGAGAAUGUCCCCAGUGCAGACUCAGUACAAGUGGUUAAGGCUUCCAACUGAUGGGAAGCAAUAUACAGGAUUUCAAACGUCCUAA